GCUGGGCUCUUUCUGUGGGCGCCGCCGGGGAGAGCAGCCGCGAAGGGCGGCGGGGGCUGCAGGGGCGCUUUAGCCCGGCGGAGCGCUCCGUGCACGAUGCAGCAGCCGCGGAUGCGCUGAGCCCGGCCGGCUCUCCCGCUCCCGCGCGCCCCGGAGCCCCGCGCCAUGGCCACCGACCUGGAGCCCGCGGCCGGCCGGCUGGAGGCGGAGGAGGACGAGGAGCAGUGGCUCUACGGAGAUGACAAUGGUAAGCCAGAAGAUGGACCAAUAUCUGGACACACUGAAUCUCAUCCAUUGCAAGACAUUCCUAAGGAGACCAGAAUUGUUAUCAGUGAAGACCAAGAACUGUUGCAGCAAAUCAUCCCAAGUGGGGAAGAUGAGGAGGAGGAGAGUGACAGUGAUGAUGAUGACAUUCGAGUCACGAUUGGCAAUAUCAAGACUGGAGCCCCAUCUUAUAUGGGGACUCCGAUGAACCUGAAUCUAAAAACGGGUCGAGGCUAUGGAGCACCAGCCUCAGCCAAGUCGCAGCCUAAAGGUAUUGAUUUAGAGGCUUCGGGGAAUAUUAACGGCUUGCCAGUAAUCGAGGUGGAUUUAGAAUCGUUUGAAGACAAACCGUGGAGGAAACCAGGUGCCGACCUUUCCGAUUAUUUCAACUAUGGGUUCAACGAGGAAACGUGGAAAGCCUAUUGUGAAAAGCAGCGCCGGCUUCAGCUUGGCCUGGAGCCUUCGGUCCCCAUCUGCACCGAAAACAAGAUCACGGUUCAACAAGGAAGAACCGGCAAUGCCGAUAAAGAACCCGAGAACAACAUCAUCAAGAUGGAUUUUAAAACUGAUUUUGUUGCCCUCGUUGGUGGAAGGAUAAAAGCUGGACCUCCUCCAAACAGGAAACUGGGUGGGACAAUCGACGUGAUUGGUGGACAGGCUGGCACUAUCCGGAGGGUGGAAGGAAGGCGGCGUGACAAACAUGCGUCUGAAGAAAAUCCCAUUCAGGUACUUGGAGACCAUGGGAGCAAAACUCAGCCUGCUCAGCCCCCUCAGCAGCAGCCAUUUGUGCCCCCGGCAGGCCCACCUCCAGCAUUAAGUGGGCCUCCCCCCCACUUUCUCCAUCCUCCGCCGCCACCAGUUGCCUCUGUCCCACCGCCUCUCCAUCCUCCAGGGCUGUUUCCGCCUCCUCUUGCUCCUCCACCCGCUCUCUUGAUUCCAACUCUGGAUGGCCAGCCUGCCAGCUACAGCAACCGGCAGCCGCCUCCCUUUGGCUACAACUCCACAGAUUCAGGUUUCAUCACCUACCCGCCCAUUUCGACUUCCCACACUCCCUGGGUGACCACAGUUGACAAGGCCUCCAGUGCUUCCGACAGCAGCCACUGGGAAUACGCGGGCUCAAGGAGAGAGAGGGACCGAGAGCGGGACCGGACCCCCACCACAAGCGAAUAUAGCAAUGACGAUGAGAGAUACCGUUAUUAUAGCCGGGAACGCAGUUACGAUUUUGAGCGUGACUACCGCAGGAGUAGAGAUCGCAGUCGUGAACGAGAAGAUCGUCACCGGGAAAGGAGGCACAGAGACAAAGAAGAGAGCAGCAAACAUAAAUCAUCACGGCGAGCUUACGCUGUGCUUCUUUCCCGGUCCUCCAUCAGCAAGCAGCAUGAGAGCGAAGAAGGGGAAAGCCACCGUCGACACAAGCACAAAAAGAACAAGCGCAACAAAGAGGAGAAGGAGGCAAGUGAAGAUGGACUUGCAGAAGGAAACGAACAGGACGCCAAGGAGUAGCGAACCUGGACUCCACCAAGCAAGGCUGGUGCCUCUCCAGCCAACAUUUCCAUUUUGGGUGAUCUUCUUCGUGGGCUUCAUGUCUGAGACGACAGAGGUGCCCAAACAUGAACACAGAUUGGGUUGCCAACAUGGAAACUGUAGGACUUUGAGGAGAGGACCCAAUCCAGCACCUCUGGCCUUGAGUGGUUCUAUAGGCAGGCCAACUCCAUUGUGUCAGAUCCUAUGGCUUCUGAUGGGAGUCCGUUUCAGCAGGAUUUAAAGACUAGGACAAUAUUGGGCAAUUAUUACUGUUUCCGUUUUUAAAAAGAAGCAGGACAUGGAACUGUUUUGGUACAAGAAGAAACCAGUGUUAGGUCAUCCUCCAAGCCAGGCAAUCUGGCUCCUAUAAGCUAGUCCCAUUUCUCCUUUGCCCCUUAAUUGUAGCUUUGAACUUUGGACUUCAUUCAAGGAAAGCUUGGUGGGAAACCACAAGUCAGCCACUGGAACAGUUCUGGCCCAUGAAAUGUCCAGUUUCUCUGAGAAGGCCAUUUCUACCUAGGCCUCUGGAGUCUUCCAGAUCAGAGAGUUUUAUUAUGACCAGGUUGAGUGGGCUUCGUGGUGAACUUUAAUAGGGCCACCUUUUCAAAGUCGGCCUUAAGUAGUUUGACACAAGCUACUUACUUAUCCAAAGCCUCUCUUUUUUACCUAAACGAAGUUAAAAAUUGGCAAUUUAUCUCUAAGUCUCAGAGUCACUUUUCACAACUCUUAAAACACUAAAUGUAGACAUAGGAUUUGUGGUUUCCUUUGGAAAAGAAUACGUGAGAAGGUACUCUUAAGGCCAUCGCUCUUUUACGCACAUCCCAUCCUUGCAUUAUCUUCCACCCGUGGGAAAUGUUUAAAAACGCUUCCUAAAAAUCAUUUCAAAUUUAUACUUUUUUUGUAUUGUAGUUAUGCGAGUUUGAGUGUUUAUAUGAAACUAACAACCUUGGACAUGUGAGCCAGUAUACCCAUUGUAUUUUGAUUUGUAUGCUAUGAUGGUGCUGUGAAUGGGUCGAUAACAGAAAAUACGUAGGAAAGAAAACUUUUUUGGGGGGGGGGGGAAUGUGAUUAGUUUCUGUGUGGUCAUGGCAUCUAGGACUCGGUGAAAGCAGCACUUAAUACUAAAUUUUACACUGCAAACUUAA